AACAGGGCUGCCUGUUACGUUGCGCGGCCCGGAAGUGAACGUCGAGCGAGCGAGAGGGAGACAAUUAUUACACCUCCAAACAAAACUCCCCACCCACCAACUACAAGAACUGAACACCAACCGAUUGACCACCACCGAUGCGUCUACUCGCCCCACUCCUCUCGCUGUUGGCGAUAUCCUCAAUCGCGGCGGUCUCAGCUGUUGCUGCCAACGCCGGGAAUGAUAUGCUCGCGAAGUUCUCGGCCCUCACCUCCACGAAGGCAAAGUCAGGCGUGUUGCACCUUACGGAUGAGCUGUACGCGGACCUCGUCGGUGCGCCGAGAAACUACACGGCAGUGGUGCUGUUGACGGCGCUGGACCCCAAGUUUGGCUGCCAUCUGUGCAGGGAAUUCCAGCCCGAGUACGAAUUGCUCGCUACCAGCUGGCAGCGCAGUCAUAAGAACGGGGAUGGGUUGUUCUUUACGUCCCUGGACUUUUCCAAUGGCCGCGAUACUUUCGUGAAGCUUAAACUGAAUACCGCUCCCAUCAUGUUCCUGUUCCCUCCCACCGUUGGGCCGAAUGCGAACCUCCAGCACAUAGUUGAGCCCAUGAAGUUCGACUUCACGCAGAACGCCAUCCCCGCCGAACGUGUCGCCCAGUGGAUCUCGCUGAACACCCACAUGGAUCCAAAAGUGGUGCGGCCAUUCGACUACACCAACCUCGUCCUCGGUGGCGGCGCGGCAAUCGUCGGCCUUGCUAUUCUGAAGCUCUCUUUCAACACCCUGAAACCAGCACUCUAUUCACGCACGCUGUGGGCUACCAUCUCACUCGUCCUCAUAUUGCUCUUCACCAGUGGCCACAUGUUUAACCACAUAAGACGGGUUCCUUACAUCGCCAACAACGGAAAGGGCGGCAUUUCUUACAUCGCUGGAGGAUUUAGCAACCAGUUUGGGUUGGAGACGCAGAUUGUCGCUGGCGUUUAUUCCGUGCUCGCCUUCUGCGCCAUCGCUCUGGCGCUCAAGAUGCCCCGUGUGACUGAUCCGACCAAGCAGAAGAUCGGCAUUCUUGUCUGGAACGCUGUGUUGCUGUGCGCAUUCAGCUUCCUACUGGGACUCUUCAGGCAGAAGAACGGUGGCUACCCGUUUUACCUCCCUCCGGUGAUAUAAAUUGGGCAGGGCAAGAGUGAGAGACAGAGUGGUUUGGCGUGCGAGGCGAUGGGGUGUGGAAAGAGUAUGCUUUGCUGUGCUGAGCAAUACGUCAAAAUGCGAUGGAAGAGAGAAGGACGGACGAAAGAGGACGAUGUUACCAAGUAAAGCAAUAACUUUAUAGACUCACGAUAGUCUACAAUGCAAACUGGAGCGCUUGGCCUAGAAUAUUACUCAAAGU